CAAGCUCUGCCAAAAAUCACAGCACUGAACAGCGAAAAUGAGCGCCACACAGAAGACAGUUGCGCAACAAGAGAUCUUCGAGAGAUCCUAAAGAAGCCAAGAAUAACCAAAGUCCGAACUCAACCAGACCAUUUCUGCAGCAUUUCGUGUUUCAGCGUCCGUCUUCAUCGACUUCACCUUCACCCCACCAGCCGCAGGUGCAAAGAAAAGCUCCAAGAUGGCCGGAUUAGUCUCAGUGCCCGACAAAGACAUCGAAUUCAUCGAAGCAAAAGCAGGUGAAGUCUUCAAGCUCGGUCCAAUCACAUGUCGCGUGCUGGAAGAUGGCUCUCACACAGACAACCGCAUCGGCGUAGCCGAACUAACACUACCCCCCAAAACCCCCGGCCCGCCACCUCACUGGCACGAAAUGCACGACGAAACAUUCUACAUCACAGCCGGCAGCGUACGCUUCCACGUCCCCGACCCAACCUCCUCAGGCUCCGACAAAAAGAUCAUCGACGCAAAAGUCGGCGAUUAUAUCGUCGUACCAAUUCGAGCUCCUCAUACUUUCAGUAAUCCGAAUGAUGAAGAAGCGAAAAUUUUCUUCACGAGUACCCCGAGUUUUUAUAUAAAUUAUUUUAAAUUGUUGAGUCAGUUGGCGAAACCGGAUCAGCCUGUUCCGGCGGAGGUGAACAUGCAGGCGAUGGCGAUGUUUGCUACUGUUUUGGCUGAUAGGAAGCCGAGGAAGCCGGAGUGAGAGGGGAGAAAUGCUGCUUUGGGAGGGAGGGUGGGCGUAUUUGUAUGGCUUCUGAGUACUAGGGCAGUGGGAUAUGCAAUCCCACAUGCAGAUUGAAGUAGGUUCACAAACAAACGCAGCCGCCGAGUGUUGCGGCAUAGGCGUUCUAGCCGCCGACUUUGAGAGGAGAUAUAUCAAAGGGGUAACUCUACACUUCACCCAUAGACCUGACACUGAUCGACCUUGCGACUUUUUAAAAGCCCGCGGGUGGUAGUGGGGAGUGGAUGAUACAGCCGGGUGCAAAGGAGCCAAACUGCAAGACUUGUCAUGCACGACGUAGAUUCGCUGAUCGUGCGUGUCGGUGUGAUGAUUCAGUACUACAGGAAGUGAUCCU